CUCGCGCAAUUCCAAACCUGACAGUGGUUCUGGUUUGCUAUCAGCCUCAUAGAGCAAAAGCGAGGGUUUAUUCACUGAAAAGGUGAAGUCAUUUCCUUUUUUCCCUUGCCUCCCUCACACUCAAACAUGUAUCAAUGAUAGCAAUAGGACAAGAGGGAAUGUUUAAAUGGAAACAGGGGAGAUUUAGGUUAGAUAUGAGGAGGAAGUUUUUCACUCAGAGGGUGGUGACGCACUGGAACAGGCUGCCCAAGGAAGUUGUGGAUGCCCCAUCCCUGGAGGUAUUCAAGGCCAGGCUAGAUGUGGCUCUGGGCAGCCUGGUCUGCUGGUUGGCGACCCUGCCCAUAGCAGGGGAUUGAAACCCAAUGAUCAUUAUUGUCCUUUUUAACCCAGGCUAUUCUAUGAUUCUGUUACUCUAUGAGUCAAUACUUUGAAAGUGUACAUCAAAUAAACGCUCAAUGUAAAAUAUCAAGUUCAACGGAAAUAUAAGCGGUACCCAUUCGCGUCCUCAGGGACACACCUCCCCGAGCACCCCCACACAGGGCUGAACUACCGCCCAUUUCUGCGCGGGAUCCAACAAGCGUCUCACCGAUCUCGCGAGACUCCACGCUGGCUGCGAGAGCCUCUGCACAGUCUCGCGAGAGCCUCUGCAUAGUCUCGCGAGAGCUGGCCUCUCCCGGCGUUGCCUUCCCCUGGUCUCGCGAGCGCAGCGUUCUUUCUCUGCCGGCGCGCACGCUGACAAGAUGCCUUCCAGACUGCGGAAGACCAGGAAGCUGAGGGGACACGUCAGCCACGGGCACGGCCGUAUCGGCAAACACAGGAAGCAUCCUGGAGGCCGUGGUAAUGCUGGUGGUAUGCACCAUCACAGGAUCAACUUUGAUAAAUAUCACCCUGGCUACUUUGGAAAAGUGGGUAUGAGGCACUAUCACUUGAAGAGAAACCAAAAGUUCUGUCCCACUGUCAAUUUGGAUAAACUAUGGACCCUUGUAACUGAACAGACAAGACUCAAUUAUGCAAAAAACCAGGCUGGACUGGCCCCAGUCAUCGAUGUUGUGCGCUCAGGUUACUACAAAGUCCUGGGCAAGGGCAAGCUGCCCAAGCAGCCUGUAAUUGUGAAAGCAAAGUUCUUCAGUAGAAGAGCAGAGGAGAAGAUCAAAGAAGUUGGUGGUGCCUGUGUGCUUGUGGCAUAAAGGCCUUAGUUUUAUUCGAACUUUCUGAAUAAAGACCAAUGUGUAAAAUGUGUUGAUUUAUAGAA